UUAACCUCUACUCUAUGAAAAAAAUUACCAACCACUGCUAAGUAAAUUAUGCAUAUAUACAUAUGCCCAACUGAUGAAACUAACUAUUAGCAGUUUCUGUUAGUGGCGUUAUCAUCCCCUCUAGCCAUGCCCAACACCAAACUCCGUCCGAUCAUCGUGUCCGUUCGGCCUGAAACACCUCGCCGCGAAUCUAAUUUCCAACAAACCAAUGGAUGGCAAAACAUCGCCGCUAGUCCCAUGCACGAGGACUAUGGGCAGCACCACGAGUGCGACUACUGGCAGGCGAGGAGGGCGUUUUUGUCCAGUUACCAGCUCUCCGAGCGGAAAGGUUUGAAGGAGAAGAUGAAGAGAUCUGUGAAAGGGCUCAACGAAGCGGCCAUGGCGGCUGUUUUGGAAGUUCGUCGGGAGGUUUCGAGGAGGAGGGUUGGAGUUAGGGUUUAUCGGUUGACUGUGGGGUGGCCAGCUUGGUUCAUAGUUAGAUGUUUCGUGCCAUGGGCAUAUGAAGAUAAUAAUCAGCUGCGCAUUGAACAAUGAGAUUGUGCAUGGUUUACGACUCAAGGUUUAUUUCUUCAAAUUUGAGUUUUGAGUUAUUGCCUUUUGUACUUUCGAAUGUUAAAAAGUGAUGGGAUUAGAGCUUAUGUUCUAUGCCUCUUAUAUGGAGUUGGUGCGAAAAGUCAUUUUCUCUAUCUAUGUGUCAUAUCCUUGUUUGUUUUGGAGUUUUAAAA